UCUACUUUAGUCAAUCCUCUUUGGAUGUACCGAUGCACAUGCUAUCAACCAUCACCCACGAAUCACAAAAAUACCAAAUUUAUACAAAUUCGGAAUAAUUACCGUAGUAAAUUUAAAUUCUAAAUAAACGGAAUCAUCGAAAUCAAAUAUUUGUUGCUAUUUCAUUUCGAGAAUAAGAUACGAAAUAGCAGGGGGGUAGUAAAAUGUGAUAAUUCGAAUUUUUCAGUGAAAUAUCGAUUGAUCGCGAAUUUUUAUAAACAUUAUAAAAGUUACUAUAUCGCUAUCGGGAGAAAAUGUCGAGACCUGCCAAGAAAGUGGAGGACUUCUAUCACCACUACACUCGUUCCAAUGACUGGGCUGUGCACUUUACGAACAUUAAGGAACUCCCUCCAGAGCAGGUGAAGCAAUUUUUCUCCAAAUGGGGAGCAAUAAAAAACGUGAGGCAGACUGGAUCGACAGGUACUGGCUACUGCUUCGUUCACUUCGAGUUGGAGGAGAGUGCACGAAAUUGUGCAUUGGCCCUGAAGAAUGAAUUGAGCGUACGUCUGCGUCCAUUCAUGGACCGUCCACUUCAUGUUCCUCGCCGCAAAGAGAAGGAAGAAGGACUAAACGGUGAGGAGCUGGAUUUUUCGUUUAAGAAGAGAGAACCCAAGUAUGAGUCGAGGAUCUUGAAACCCGAUCCUGCCAUCGAUGCCUCAAAUCACAGGAGAAUUAAUGAAAUCAAUGAAGAAUCAUCAGAAGCAGUCCAUCGACGUACUCCAGAGUUUAGUACGACGAAAAUAUCUGAAGCCCCUCAAGAACGUCCCCUUCAAGUCUGGGAACUUACGAAAACGGCAGACUCUUCGAGUAGAAUCGUUGAGAAUUCAAAAUCAGACGUUGUGAAUUCCUUAGGAGGGCCUGAGGAUAAAGUCCUGAAGUACUCUGGGGCUGCAUCGAUUGUGAGGGAAGAAUUCCUUGAAAGAAAAAUUCCUGAACUGCAAGAAGUGUCAGAAGUCUCGUCUUCAAUAGUUCUUUCUGAACUUAAUGAUCACGUGAAAAUCGCCACAGCUGAAGAGGUAAUUGUGGCUAACAUUCCUGCCUUCUGUGGGAUCGAUAUCAUUCUGGAGCUCUUCCGGGACUUCGAGCCCCUCUGCGUGACGAAUAUCAAACUCAUCCCCAAAAACUUGAUUCGAUACUGCCAUAUUUACUUCCAAACACCUCUCGAUGCGAAAACUGUGGAGAAUAUCUAUGAUAAUGCUGAGAUUUUUGGAGAGAAACUGAUUGUCCUCAGAGUGGAAGCAUUGGUGGAGGAGGCCUUAGGGGGUUGAAGAUUUUUUGCUUUGUUCUGAGUGCGUACUUAAGAUUCUUUUAGUUUCGAUAAUCCAAGUUUGAGAUUAAGCCAACGCCCAGAUGGUUUGUCAUUUUGAGUAUCUAUAUUUCAUUGUAUAAUUUUUAAAUUUUGUUUUACGGGAUUAUUGAAACAAUUUUUUAUAGACCUCGUGAAAGGUCUCACGUUAAUCACUUUUACCUUCAAUUUCUUUUAUUACGAAUUACUCAUUGUUCAGUUCCUUACCUUUUUUAAUGCAAGAAUUCAGAAUUUUUACUAAAAAUUAUUAAUUAAGAGAGUGAUUGGCGUUACCAGUUAUUUUUGCAUCAAUAGCUGACAAAAAAUAUCCAUUUAUAAAAUAUUAACUAUUGAAUAUCUGGGAUAUUCAUAAUGAAAAUCAGAUCUAUUCUUUUAUAUUUGAGAUAGAAAAAAGCUUGAAUACAAAUAUUUCAUUUAUUUUCACAAUAAAAAAAUACACAAUUCUACAUGUACAAUUAACCAACUAUCAUAUGACUAAUUGUUAUAAGAGAAAAACAGAGACAGGAGACCAAACAAUAAAACUUGUCGAUAGAAUUGUACAUGAGUAUUGAAUGAAACAGUAACCCGAAAAUCAUAUUUCCGACCUAGUGAUCAUCAUCGCGAAGACCAAAAUAACCAUGUGUGGAACAUCAGAAUAAAUCGAA